CUAGGCUCGACCUCCAUGAGUAUAGUAACGGCCUCUAAGGAUUUUUAGCUUAUUUCUUUUGCCGCUUUUCCAUUUUCUUUGAUGAUCGCUGGACGGAAUCUCCAAUUAUGGAAAAACCAAGCCGUAUCGCGUUGGCAGACACGAUCAUUGUCCGUGAGCGCAAGAUCCGCUGAACAAGAAAAGUUGCCGUUUUCCAUUUAUAUUCACUGGCCUUAUUGUGAAAGCAAAUGCACCUAUUGUAAUUUCAAUAAAUAUGUGAAUCCUGAAGAACCACCUGUAGAGCGUUUGACGGCGAGUAUGAUCCGUGAAUUGGAUCAUUACUUGACGCAUCCUUCUUUUGGCUUACGGGAUCGACCUAUCCAUUCCGUCUAUUUUGGUGGCGGGACUCCAAGUCUAGCUCCAGCAAGCACGAUUGAAAAAUUACUGAAUACAAUUGAUACGCAUGUCAGACUACGGCCCAAUACAGAAAUCACCCUGGAGGCGAAUCCUACGUCGAUAGAGACGGCGAAAUUGCUGGAUUUUCGCAAAGCUGGUGUCAAUCGAUUAUCCAUGGGAAUUCAGUCCUUUAACGAUCGUGAUCUCAAGCUUUUAGGAAGAGAUCACACCGCGUCCGAAUCCAUACGCUCAUUGGCAACAGCCAGAAAGAUCUUUGACGCUCAAGGUCUCACGUUUGAUCUGAUCUUUGCACGACCAGGUCAAACCCUCUCAGAUUGGCAGCAAGAGCUCAAGCAAGGGUUGGACAUUGCAGGCAAUCACUUGUCGCUUUAUCAACUAUCAAUGGAACGAAGCACACCUCUCGACAAGUUGGCACGCAAAGGGCUGUUGCCGCCUUUGCCUACGCCCGAUGAGGCUGCAGACAUGUAUGAAGACACAAUCAGGUUGACCAAGGAGCAUGGCUUCCAACAUUAUGAAGUAUCCAACUACUGCAAAACACAGGCCGCCAUCAGUCGACAUAAUUUCGCUUAUUGGCAAGGAUUGGAUUUUCUCGGAAUCGGACCUGGAGCGCACGGUCGAUUGACCAUGCUCGAUCAACGUCGCUUCCGCACCUUUGGUGAAUUUCAUCCAGAAAAGUACAUGGCGCUGUGCGAGCAAGAAGGGGAAGGUAUUCGCCAAAUGAAAGCCAUUGACUCGGCUGCAUUUAUGGAGGAGCUUAUCGUGUUUGGACUGCGGACACGCAUGGGCGUAGGGAGAGCUACGUUUGAACAACUCACGGGUGGCAUGUCGUUGGACAAGAUGCUGAAUAAGGAAGCAUUGAGUGCUUGCAUAGAAGCUGGUUUUCUGAUAAGUGACAAUCAAUGCAUCGAUGUAUCGAGGAUGGCGAAAUACAGCCCUGAGGAAUUUUUGUCACAAUGGCUCCCUCGCGGAGGCAUCCGUCCGACAGAAGCCGGGCUUGCGCGCAUGGAUUCUAUUCUUCCCAACAUUUUGAAUACCACUUUAUAAAGGCUGAAAGCAGACCCACAGGCUGGAU